AUGAAAUCGGUCUGGGAUUCUACAAAGGCUGCUUUUAAUUCUGCUAAAUCUGCUGUAAAAGAUAAUGCAAAGAAACUAGCAACUAAAGUAAAAGAAGCUUCUACUCCAGAAGAUCCUAUGGGUUUCAGAGUUUUAUUAUCUGAAUCGCAAGAACUUAAGAGAGAGGCCAAAACAUGCGCAAACAAAAUUCAAGUCAUCAGGAUAAACAUUCUUAAUGUAGCAAGUACUAUAUACGAUAUUGCAACGAAUACCUCUGAAAUUCUUCAAACCGAAGAAUCUCUUCAAUAUAAGCAAUCAAUUGAUGUUUAUCAUGCAAAUAUGAAGAAACUUGCAGAUGAGCUAUUACCUUUAUACGUGGAAAAGCCUUACGACGAUGUUCUGAAAAUGAUUAAGGAACUCCCCAUUAUUCAAAGAAGUUUCAGAUAUUCAUGA